GAAGGAAGAAACAGAAGCUUGCCAAAGAGAGAGCAGGGCUUUCCAAGUUGCCUGAUCUGAAAGAUGCUGAAGCAGUUCAGAAGUUUUUCCUUGAGGAGAUUCAGCUUGGCGAGGAACUACUAGCUCAAGGUGAAUAUGAGAAAGGUGUUGAUCACUUGACCAAUGCCAUUGCUGUGUGUGGGCAGCCGCAGCAGCUACUACAAGUUCUACAGCAGACUCUACCACCUCCAGUGUUUCAAAUGCUUCUAACUAAGCUCCCUACAAUAAGCCAGAGAAUUGUAAAUGCACAGUGCUUGGCUGAAGAUGAUGUUGAAUGAGGUCACACCACAACAGGGGGAAAAAAUGUUUUCUUACCCCAGAAGAUGAGCAUCACUAGGGGCAUAAAGGGGCAAGAAUAGUAGUUAAUGGACUGUACCACAUCGGGUUCUACCAGAGUUAAAAUUAACUUUGUGUAGGUGGGUUUCGCAGGAUUUUAUUUAUUAUCCCAGUGAAAAGUGUAUUUUGAUAAGAAUUCAUUUUAUAAAUACACUGUGUUGAGUUAUCAAAGUAUCACUAACUUCAUUAUUAUUAAAAUAUGCAGUUGUAAUGUUGUACAUAUAAAGACAUAAAACUACGACCUAUUAAAAACCCAAUGCUCAUUUUUGAAAAAACAAGGUUAUGGCAAUAAAGAUUUAUCUGCACUUGUGUGUCCCUAUAGUACUACUUUAAAUUUCAGAACAUCUGGGUGUCAGAGCAAAUGAUCUAAAAAUAACAUUAAAAUUUAUUUUAAUGUUAA